CCGGAGCGGGGACUCCCAAGGAUAUAAUAACUUCAGGGGUGGAUGGAGGUGGUACUUGAUACAAGUGACCAUCGCAGCCAGAUCCAGAACUCGAUUGAUUGUUUGAUGUUUCUCUCUCUUUCUUUUGUCUUUUUUCUUUCUCUUUUCUUUCAGAACAGCGGAAUUGCUGGGAAUAAAUGCCGCCUGACAUGUUUACCUACCAUCCGCAUACCAAGCAGCGUUUUGGGCCCUGGUCUGUCCCUUGGUAACCUAGCAUUCCGCGGCCUCGAUGGAGUAUGCGACAGCCACAACAGAAAUUUCUUUAUCUAGUAUUCAUUGAUAGGGCCUUGAACCAUGGGUUUGUCCUCUCAUUUGUCUAUUCAUUACUAUUGUCAUCUUUGUC